AUGGAAAUGUCCCCAAAAAAGUCCCAAAACCUCGUCUAUAAUAUCAACAUUUUGAAGUACAUGAUUAAGUUGAAGAGUCGUAACACAACUAACAUCUUUGUUCACAAGUCACUAUAUUCACGACAGUCAGACGACACAUUCCACUUCAUGUCUAACAACCCUAAUACCCGCAGACCAUAUGAUUUAAAGCUCCUGCUGUGUCGAACAUCCCACGCACAGCAAUAUGUCACAACCAGAGCGGCGGCCAAUUACUCAGUGGGAUGGUCCGCUGCCCGCCAGCUCGCCACGCUCCAGUCAAUCGUCAAACUCUGGCGCUUCAAUACCGUCCGCUCUCACCACUGUCCGCCGCUGCAGAACUCUGGGGAGCACACUGUAUUGCCAACAGUUCCCUCAGUGCCUGUCUCCAAAGAUGAGCGCCGCUGGAAGUCCUCAAGUCGCCACUCCAAUGGUUACCAGCAGGACCUGAGACCCAGAGCACCAAACGGAGAUCCACUGAAGGUUGGCGUCAGCAUGAAAAUCAACGGUAUAUCUGAAGUCAACCUCGAACAGAUGUCCAUUCUGUUCGAGGUGUAUCUUCGUGUAUCGUGGAGGGACACUCGCCUCGUCUUUCCUCAUUCCAUUCUCAAAGCCUCCAGUGAUGCUCCUAAGGGCUUAUCCAACACCCAGGAGAAAACAUCUAUGACAGUGUCCCCAGCGCUACUGAAGAAGUGCCUCUCUACUGUUGCAGGUGUGGGUGCCGAGGCAUUCGCACUCCUCCUCGACACCUUCACCUUCCUGCAGAAGUUCCAGGGCGUCACCAUUUCGUCAGAUUCCACCGUGUACACCUCCGUCAUGAUGCAGCUCAAACUGGUGUGCAGCAUGUCCUUCUACAUGUAUCCCUUUGACGUCCAGCGAUGCACUGUCUUUAUCAAGAGCUACAUCUACCAGCUGCACGAGCUCGCUCUGGACUGGAUGCCACCUGGACUCAGCACAGACGAGGACCUCAAGCGGCAGCUGGCGAGCUAUGACUUUUCGGUGAGGAGUCUGAACGGCACCACAUGUUCCUGCACCAAGUGUGUGCCCGAGACGUCGCCAUGUCUCCGCGUCCAUCUCGUGCUUCGCCGCCACAGCUUCAUCCACGUCAUGAGUUCCUACGUGCCUUCUGGACUCUUCGUGGUGGUGGGGUGGACUUCAUUCUUCUGGCCCGCCGAGGUGGUGCCGGGGCGAACUGUACUUGUGAUCACCUCGCUUCUCACCAUCACCUCCAUGUACACCGGCAUCAGGCAGACGAGUCCCACCACCAGCUACGUGAAGGCCCUGGACGUGUGGAUGUUGAUGUGCAUUCUUCUCACCACUGUGCCUCUCCUGCAGUACGCCCUCAUCCUGUCAUGGAGGAAGACCAGUGACAGCAGCGUAAAGAAAGUAGUGCCCGGGAAGUCUGCGGCGCCCUCUGGAAUGUCUGCCACUGAAAUCUAUGAGACACGCAAGAGAAAAGCCGAGAUGGUUGGCCGCGUGGGAUUACCGGUCUGUUUCCUGCUGUUCAACCUCGCCUACUGGCCCUCCUACCUGACCCCGAGCCUCUAUGCCCUCGACUGAGCCGCCCAUCACUGUGUGCGGCGCCCUCUUGUCGCGGUGCGCUCUGAACUAAUGUGCCGAAUGUCUUGUCGUUUGUUACUCUCAUUUCGUGAGGUGAGAAGUAUUAAAUCGUGCUACAUGUGUUGCAAACCACCGGAUUUUUAUUUACGGUCAUGAAGAUCUUUGAAUUUUAUACUCAAAAAGAAAGCUCUGCUAUGUAUUUUCAAUAAACUAUACAAUCAUGUAGUUUUGAUACCACCCAAGUACAUACGUGUUAGUA